GUUUAGAGGUGGAUACCCAGUGAGAAAGUAUUUGAUUACGACAUUUCAGCAUCUUCUAAGGCCGUGAAGAGUGUUUUGAGAACGAUGCCAGUGGUAAAGAGACCAUGUCUUCAAUGUAAAGAAAAACAUGUCAAAUGCGAUGAAGGGCAACCAAGAUGUCAUCGCUGUAUCAUUAAGAACUUACCCUGUGCUCGACCUGCGAAGAAAACUGUCUUUCGAAACUCAUCAACAGGACCUUUGACGAACCAGACCUGGGUCAACAGUGAGAUUAGCGACUUCAACACCCACCCGCGAAGUCCACUCGAAGGAGGUGCAGGUGCAUCUUCAACAGCCCCAGCAAAUUUCAACGACCCAACAUCAACAAGAGAGACUCAAACAACCUACAACGAACCCCCAAGAAACAACCCAGCAUUCCCAGUGGCAAGCACAUCGCAAUCAGCUGGAAACUCACCGAGCUACCCUUCUUCGCCAUGGCAGCAGGCAACAGGUCGAUCACCCACGGACUUGCCGAGCAACUCGAGCGCAUACACCGUAACUCACGACGCUUCAUCUCCGUAUGGUCCACCGCAAGAUCAUGUUCCUUCUCCCCGAUCACACCAGCCGUACAGUUCUGGAGAGUCAACGAAAUUUCCGCUUGAAGAUCCUCAAGAGGCAUGUUUGCUUCGAUACUUUGUCGAGGAGCUGUCACAUUGGCUUGACCUGUGCGAUGAGAGACGGCACUUUCAACUCGUUGUACCCCUGCGAGCUCGACACCAUCCACCACUUCUCUACGCGAUCUUUGCGCUUUCGGCCCGCCAUCUAAGCCGUCUUCCGAAAUACAAAACACCACAGGGAAUUCUCUACCAAGGCCAAUUGCUACCCAAACUCACACCCCACGACGCAGUAGAAUACACGUUAAAAUGCAUCCCCGCCCUACGAGACUUCCACCUCAUCCAAGACGACGAAAAACUCGAGAGCAUCAUCGCCACAGCUGUUAUUCUCCGGCAGUUGGAAGAGAUCGACGACGAAGAAGACCAAGAGCAGGAGCGGAACCAAAGGCGGAACGCAAAACCUCAGGUUAAUUUCCUAGCCAUCAUAGACGCUGUUUUGAGAAGUCCACCGUCGAGGACCCUCUUUGGCCGACGAUCACUUAUCCAAGCGGCAUAUUGGAUGGCCGUUCGCCAGGAGCUGUACCACUCGUUUACAAAGCGUCAUCCGCCAAAGAUGAUUCUGGAUCCGGUGUAUGGACACGGCGCGUCGAAGGCGAAUAAAAUCGUUCUUCAUACGGCGCAGGUUGCGAAAUGGCGAUGGGCUGAUGGUUCAGAACAAGAAUGGCUACGACUCCAGAAGCAGGGCGAGGUUCUCGAGGAAGAAGCGCUAAAGGAGUAUCAACCGUUCUAUGUACGACCAGCUGACAGGUCGAAUGGAGAAAUCUUCCCGAUAAUCUGGUACUCCUCCGCGCUGGAGGUGACAACCAUGCAGCUCAGCAUCAUAGCGAAAAUGGUGCUAAUGGCAGAGAACCCCUUCCUCGGGUAGGUCAACAGCAAUUUAAUUUAACUAUAGUACCUCUUGAGAGACGGUGAUCCACUGACGUCAAAUCAGGGGAAAUUCAUCGACACGUGCGCAGUGGAGAGAAAUCGAAAAUCAGGUACGGCAGAUGAUUCUGGAUCUGUGUGGGAUAAGCCUCUGCCAUCCGGCGUGUCCACCGGCUCUUGUGCACGCUGCGUUUGGGAUGGAGUUGUACGGGGACUUUUUCACGGAUCUUUAUGAGAGGAGGGCGCUGAGGGGUGUUGUUGAUAAGUUUCGAGAUGCGAGGGCGUGGCCUGUUCAGAACCUGUCCAAGAUGUUUGAAUGAGCA